AAGAGAUUUAGAGAGAGAGAGAGAGAUAUGGAGAUGGUAAUAAUAGGUAAAGAAAUCAUAGGGUGUGCAGUUGUACAUAAAUCAUGGCCGGCGGUGGUAGUGCAAGUGAAUCAAAGGCGGCGGCGUAGUAAUGAUCAGGUGUGGAUAAAUCCGGUUGUUGCAUCUGGAGGAGAGACUAGAAAAGAUCAUAGACAAGCAGCAUCAGCAGCAGCAAUGACAACGAGGAAGAGCACCCCAAUAUUAGAACCCACGGCCAUCAUCAUCAGCCAACAACAACAACAACAGCACCCCCCAAACAAUUUGAUGAUAGAUACUUCGCCCGAAAAGCCUGUCAAAUUUAAGGUCAGAGCCGUCGCCACAGUCAGAAACAAGCACAAAGAAGACAUCAAGGAAACCAUCGCCAAACAUAUUGAUUCAUUUGCCGAUCAAAUCGGAAGGAAUGUUCUCUUCCAACUCUUCAGCACCGAAAUUGAUCCCAGGACAAAUGCUCCGAAGAAGAGCAACCAAGCCGCACUCAAAGACUGGUCAAAGAAGGCCAAUCUGAAAACAGAACGAGUCAAUUACAUAGCCGACUUCACGGUGCCGUCGGAUUUCGGGUUGCCCGGCGCAAUAACUGUUACCAACAAGCACCAAAACGAGUUCUUUCUCGAGACCAUAACCAUUGAAGGCUUCGCCUGUGGUCCGGUUCACUUUUCCUGCAAUUCCUGGGUUCAGUCCGCUUAUCAUCUUCCCGGAAACAGAAUAUUCUUUGCCAACAAGCCAUAUCUUCCGAAGCAAACGCCGGCGGGAUUAAGGGAGUUGAGAGAAAAGGAACUGAAAGAUCUAAGAGGAGGGGGAGAAGGCGAAAGGAAAUUAUCAGACAGGAUAUACGACUUCGAGGUGUACAACGACUUGGGAAAUCCAGACAAAGGAAUCGAUUUGACUCGUCCUGUAAUGGGUGGGAAUGAAAACAACCCUUACCCACGUAGGUGCCGCACCGGUCGUCCCCCAACCGAUUCCAAUUUGCUUGCCGAGAGCCGAGUGGAGAAGCCGUUGCCAAUGUACGUGCCCAGAGACGAACGCUUUGAAGAGUCCAAACGGAACAGCUUCUCGUUAGGGAGGCUUAAGGCGGUUAUACAUAACCUCUUGCCUUCUUUAAUGACAACCAUGUCCUCCAAUAAUGGCGACUUGAAAAGCUUCUCCGACAUCGACAGUCUCUACAGUGAAGGAGUCUUGCUCAAGCUCGGUUUUAAAGACGAGCUCCUCAAGAAGCUCCCCCAGGUUGUAGGAAGCAGCAACAGCGGACUACUCAAAUACGACACUCCCAAAAUAAUAUCAAAGGACAAGUUUGCCUGGUUGAGAGAUGAGGAGUUUGCACGCCAAGCUGUGGCGGGUAUUAACCCUGUGAAUAUCGAGAGGGUAAGGGUGUUCCCGCCGGUGAGCAAGCUCGACAAGGCUGUGUUACAACAACAACAUGAAGAGUCGGGGGGUCUGAAAGAAGAAGAUAUUCUACCUUAUCUUAACAACAUGACAGUCCAAGAAGCUAUUGACCAGAAUAAGCUUUACAUGUUGGACUACCACGAUGCUUAUUUCCCAUUCAUUGACAAGAUUAACGCCCUUGACGGGCGCAAAGCCUAUGCAACCCGAACUAUCUUUUUCUUGACCCCCGCCGGCACUCUUAAGCCAAUAGCAAUCGAGCUCACCCUUCCUCCUUCCACCCGUCCAACUUCAAGGUCUUCUAAACGAGUCGUUUCUCCGCCCGCCGAUGCCACCUCCAACUGGGUUUGGCAGCUAGCCAAAUCUCACGUAUGUUCCAAUGAUGCAGGCGUUCAUCAAUUAGUCAACCAUUGGCUAAGAACACAUGCAACCAUGGAGCCAUUUAUAUUGGCAGCCCACAGGCAAUUGAGUGCGAUGCACCCUAUAUUUAAGCUCCUGGACCCUCACAUGAGAUACACUUUGGAGAUCAACGCCUUGGCAAGGCAAAGCCUGAUCAGCGCCGACGGUGUGAUCGAAUCCAGCUUCACCCCUGGCCGCUACUGCAUAGAGCUCAGUGCUGCUGCCUAUAAGGAUUGGCGUUUUGACCAAGAAGGCCUCCCAGCUGAUCUUAUCAGAAGGGGAAUGGCUGUGGCUGACCCAACACAAGCACAUGGAGUGAGGCUAAUAAUGGAAGACUACCCAUAUGCCGCGGACGGGCUUCUGAUCUGGUCGGCAAUCGAGAAUUGGGUUCGGACAUACGUGAACAACUACUACCCUGAUUCCAACACCAUUCGAUCUGACUGGGAGCUGCAAUCAUGGUACGCGGAGUCGAUAAACGUGGGGCAUGCUGAUCAUUCCCGGGCGAGCUGGUGGCCAAAGCUGGCGACUCCUGAAGAUCUAGUAUCGAUCCUGACAACCCUGAUCUGGCUGGCGUCGGCUCAGCACGCGGCAUUGAAUUUCGGUCAGUACCCAUACGGAGGGUACGUUCCGAAUAGACCACCCAUGAUGCGCCGGCUGAUACCGGAGGAAGGGGACGCAGAGUAUUCUAGCUUCAUGGCGGACCCACAAAAAUACUUCCUGUCGGCCUUGCCGAGUCUGCUGCAGGCGACCAAGUUCAUGGCGGUGGUGGACACUCUGUCGACGCAUUCGCCGGACGAGGAAUACAUCGGCGAGAGACAUCAGCCGUCGACGUGGACGGGAGAGGCGGAGAUGGUGGAGGCUUUCUACGAAUUCUCGGCGGAGAUAAGGCGGGUAGAGAAGGAGAUUGAGAGAAGGAACAGCGAUCGGAGAUUGAAAAACAGGUGUGGGGCCGGGGUCUUGCCUUACGAGCUACUCGCACCCAGCUCCGACCCUGGGGUAACUUGCAGAGGCGUGCCCAACAGCGUAUCUAUCUAAGAUUGUAAUUAAUUACUAUCUAAUAAUAUGCUUAAAAUAAAUAUAUCAUAUUUUGUCUAUCUAAUAAUGUUCUAGAAUUUUUGUAAACAAGUUUCCUUGAAAAUCCAAUCUCAACAAUUUAGCUAUAUAGCUGUUGUUGUUGUUGUACAUUUGCAAAUUGCAAUACCAAAAUUGGUCAGCUAA